AUGGCACUAGCAAAGGUAUUCGGUCUGCUGGUGUUGGCAGCGCUUGGCUGCAAUAGAAGCCUCUCGGCGUCGGCCGACCGCGUAGGCUCCCGUGCUGUCGUGGCUGAAUUUCCUCCGCUCAUCGAGGCCACUUUGGAGGACCUGGUGACAGCGCUCGAGAUGGGGUUGUUCACCAGCGUUGACCUCGUCACCGCAUAUACGAGCCGGAUUAUGGAGGUUAACGACACCUUGAAAAUGGUUGCAGAGCUCAACCCUGACGCCAUGGCGAUCGCUGCUGAAGCGGACGCUCAGAGGGCUUCUGGGCACGUCUGCGGCCCUCUCCACGGCAUCCCUGUUCUCAUCAAGAACAACAUCGCAACGAAUGACUCCAUGUCUAACACGGCCGGGUCGUACGCGCUCGUCGGGGCCAAGGUCCCGGGGGAUAGUACCAUGGCAGCUAAACUUCGCAAGGCGGGUGCCAUAAUCCUGGGCAAGACAAACCUCUCACAAUGGGCCAAUUACCGCAGCACGAAUACCAGCAACGGCUGGUCGGCGGCAGGUGGUCAAACCCAGGGUGCAUACUACCCUGGCCAAGACCCUUCAGGGUCAUCGUCGGGGAGCGGUGUUUCUUCGUCGCUGGGACUCGCAUUUGCUGCCCUCGGGUCGGAAACAGAUGGUUCCAUCGUGUCGCCGUCCAAUGUGAAUAACCUAGUGGGCAUCAAACCCACCGUGGGCUUGACGUCCAGGUACUUGGUUAUCCCCAUCUCUGAGCAUCAGGACACGGUCGGGCCCAUGGCCAGGAACGUCAAAGAUGCAGCAUAUCUGCUGUCGGCAAUCGCUGGCACCGACGCCAACGACAACUAUACCUCUGCCAUGCCGUUCGAGGAGGUACCAGACUACGCCGGGGCCUGUGACUACUUUGCCUUGGGCGGGAAACGGAUUGGCGUGCCGAGGAACCUCUUCGACAUUACGGGAUACGAAGGACAGUACGGGCCGAUCGUGGCGGCUUUCAAUGCCUCGCUGGACGUCCUCCGUGCUGCGGGGGCGACGGUCGUAGACAACAUAUACCUCGAGGGAUAUGAUACGCUGGCAACGGCGAAUUUCGAAAACGUCGUUCUUCAGGCCGACUUUGUUACGAAUCUGGCAGCGUACCUCGCCAAGCUGACGGUGAACCCACAUAACAUCACCAAUCUCGCCGAGCUACAGGAGUUUACCCAAAGCUUUCCACUGGAAGAGUGGCCCUCGCGAGAUACCGAGAUCUGGCAAGAGGCUCUGGAUCUGGGCUUUGGGAAUGAAAAGCCUGAUGUUUGGUCCAACUACACGGCAAAUCAGUAUUAUGGCGGGCUCCUGGGCAUCACCGGGGCAAUGCACAACCUCUCACUCGACGCAUUGGUGAUGCCGACGACCUUUUCUUCGUACCUUCCGGCGAUCAUCGGAUCGCCCAUCGUGACGGUGCCUCUCGGGGCCUAUCCUGCCAAUACUACGGUCAUUCCAAAUCAGCGCGGCAACCUCGUUGAUACGGGACCAAACGUACCCUUUGGGCUGGCGUUUCUGGGGGAGCACUUUAGCGAGGAGAAACUCAUAGGCAUGGCCUAUGCCUUUGAAGAGAGGACCAAGGUGCGCAACAGCAUCAAGCCGUAUAUCCGGCCGCAAACAGAGAUGGUAGAUUUCAUAAAGGCCCGGAAGUGA